AUGAACGGUCGCCAGCUUUUAUGUGUUGUUUCCGACUGUGUUUAUGCUCAUUCUAAAGCCGCGACAAAUCCGAAGACUAAGCUGUUGCAUCGCGACAUCAGCGGUGGCAACAUCCUCAUACUACCCAAGGUGUCCAAAGAGGAAGAUGGCACCCGUGCCUUGAAAUGGACGGGCAUCCUCGUUGACUGGGAAAUGUCCAAGCCCUUGCAGAAUACCGCGUCCAGACCCCGUCAGCCAGAGCGCACUAUUACUUGGCAGUUCCUCUCAGUCGCACUCCUAUCUCGCCCCAAGAUCGUAGAGAUCUGCGACGAACUUGAGAGCUUCCUCUACGUCAUCAUCUACUAUGCGGUUCGGUACCUCAGGUCGAACCUCGAUGGGCACGCCGUGGGAAACUGGAUUGACACCUUCUUCGAUUUGUAUGGCGUCACCGAUUCCGCCUACACUUGUGGGCAGGUCAAAAUCGAUACUAUCAAGCGGGGCACCCUCAUACUCUCCGACGACGAGGACCUCGAGUUCCACAGUCCCAUAGAUGAACUCCUGUCAAAGCUCCUGAUGUGGUUCCGCGCCCACUACAUUGUCACGAAACACAAGCGUCGGCAGGAUCAGGAGAAAGCUUUGCGCUACAACGCUGCCCUGCCCCCGGAUGGUGUUCCCCUCGGGAAGGCGAGGAAGCCUCGGCGUGAUGGCUCAGAGAUGACCAAUAGAGAAGACCGCAGCAAGCACGAACUUGUCGACUUUUCAAAGCCCACCGAGAUGGAAUACAAGUACGCAGAGUAUGUGCUCGAGCACACGCGGAUGAUGAAUCUCCUCGACGAUAUCGCGUACGAGCGGGAAUGGCUGUCAGGUGACAGGACACCUGAUCGUAUCCCCUCAGAUUGGGCGGCCCCUGUGAGGCCGGAGGGCCCUACGGUCCCGGCUUCGUUUGCCAGUAACCUGCACAAAAAGCCGAAGAUUAGCAGAGAGGACGGUAUGGUGACGAUGCCUCCCUUCCCGUUCGCGCACGCGAACAGUACUAUACCCAAGACCCCAGAGAAGAAGCGUGUCUCCCGGGCAUGAAGUGGUGAUGAUCGUUUCAACGAGGUGUAUGUCCUCUGAAUGUACUAUACUCUUGAGUUUCGCUUCCCUUACGUCUCCCUACCAUCCGUGUCUGAUUGCAUACUAGCACUGACCUGUAUAUCUGUCGGAUCCUUGAGUUAUGCUUCUGUUCCAUUUCCGCUACUUAGUUCCACACUUUGC